AUGAGUGGAUCCUCCAUCAGAGCCUCGCAGCAGAGCAGCAGGCUGGACGGAAGCCUCCGCUUCCUGUCAGCCGCUGCCUAUAGAGCCCUGCUGUCCCCGGGAUAUUUUAUGAUGGAAAGUUGCCUGAAUGGAUAAUGGAGCCGUUAUUUCAGAGGAAGCCCUGCUGCCAGGGAGGAUGUCGCAGCUCGCAUUGUUAGCGGUCAAAAUCCAAAGAUCAGGCUCAUCUGUCGAUGUUUGGACUGAGUUAUCACAUGACACACUCAGAUCUCAGACACAUCCAGAUCUCAUCAGCUGGGCUUGGUGACCUCUGACCUUUACACCCUCCUCCCGACGGCCCGGGACGGGAGCAGGACUCUUCAGUAGAUGGACUCGGAAACACGUCUGCAAGCUGUCCAAACUUGGCUCAUGAGUAGGUGUGAAUGUUUAGACCACAGCUUCCAAACUGAGGGAGCUAAGUGUUGCCUACUGUAACCACUGUACUUUUCCUUUUUCCUUGUUUGGGGGGGAUGAAGCUUUGAAUGCAUCUGUUUGUUGAUAACAUCAGAGAGAACAAAAGCUGCUCACAAUGCAGCGCAGUAUGCAAAUAAGUCUGGGGUUUAGGGACAUGGAGAGGAGAGUUAACGUCUACUGAAGGGUUGACAGGAACACUCUGCUGCUUAUUUUCAGUAGUUUUCUAUAUGAUUUCUGAUGAGAUUUUCCUCCCAGGAUCUUCUUUAUGGUGCCCAAGAGGUGCAAAACUACAGUUUUACAAAACGUGAGACAAAUUCACAUUUAGGAGAACAUUUCUCCACAGCAUUACUUCCUCCUACAGUCUCAGAAUGUGAACAUGCGGUCUGUCCCGCUGUGUUUCCCUGUGAUGGACUGGUGGCCUGUCCAGGCUCCGUCCUGUCAGCUGGGAUCAGUUCCAGCCGUUAGACUCUCCGAGGUGGAUGAAGUGGCGUCGGAGAUGGAGGGAUGUGUUUUGGUUCGUGUGCACUUUCUCUCCUCUGGUCUCCUCGUGUCUGGAUUUGAGCUUCACUCCGUCUUCGUGUUUCCUGAGUUUCCAUUUGGUCAUUUAGCUGAAGGUUUUGCUGAUUUUUUUCCUAAUCCUUGCUUCCUGUUUCAGUUUAUUUUCAGGCUUUUGAUUUCUUGAUUGGACUACAUCUUCAUCAGAGGGACGCACAGGGACGACCUGCUCUGAAAUGUGAGCGGGAUUUAUUCGUUUCUCCUCUUCUUUUUUAGUUUUCUGCCUAACAAGGUCCUGACAGCUGGUUUAUCUUGGAAUUCAGACUCCCCUCUUUAGCAGACACGUCCUCCUUCAUGCUGGCCGUAACUCAUCCUCACACACACACACACACACACACACACACACACACACACACACACACACACACGCACACACACACGCACACACAUCAGCUGGAGAUACACACCACCUCCAGAAGCAGCUCCAGACGCGGCGUUCGUCUCUGCCAGCGCGGGCUUCCUGUGUUUGUUCCAGAGCUCUGCUGAUGCUCUGAGACUGAUACUCCAUCCAUGCUUCUUACAUGGUACUUUUCUUUUGUUUCAUGUCUCUGGAGGGGGGAAGUUACAUCUAAUGAGCACAAAGUGCCUCAAUAACGAGCUGUUGAGUAAUUUGUUUUGAAGAGUUUCCCUUGAAUGGGUGUUAGGGUUUGAUAGUCUGUUCCAGAAUAAUUCCAUUCUGUCCAUCGGCGAGGCUUCUCCUGCGGGUUAAUGGGGGUCUGCGGGUAACACAAGCCUCCAGCUGACAGCGGCGGUCCUGCCUAAACCCUCUGCGGCUGGUGAAUUGCUGCUGUUGUUGGAGAGUUAGCACAUUCCUGCUUCCGAGCUGCGGGGCGGCGUUCAGUCCUUUUGUAGUGGCUGCAGCAGACUCUCAUCCUGACGCCUCGCAUAGAUGGCGUUCCGCCGGGGUUUUCUCCUGGUCUGCGCUCUGCUGCUGGAGACGCAGCUCGCUGCGGGAUGCGUCUGUCCGGCAGCUUCCGUUCUGUCCCGGUUCCCCUCGGAGAUCCCCGCUCAGGUCUGCUGCCUGAACUACUCCGGCUCGGCGUUCGGCCGCGUGCGCUGGUCCGUGUUCACCAACAAGACGGACCUGGAGACCCUGGAUCUGUCCAGCUGCAACCUCAGCUCCGUCGGUUUGGUCGGCGACGAGGCCUCGGCUCUACGGAGGAUUUAUCUGGGCGGUAACAGGCUGGCGGCGCUGCCGCCGGGCUUCCUCUCCGGGCGGCCGAGCCUGCUGGAGCUGGACCUGAGCGAGAACCUGCUCCAGGAGCUUCCCGAGGACUUCCUCCACGGCUCGGACAACCUCCAGGAGCUGCAGCUGCAGGGGAACCGGCUCCGCUCCCUGCCUGAGUCCGUCCUGCUGAAGCCGGGCCUGCGGAGGCUGCAGCUGACGGGGAACCCGUGGCACUGCUCCUGCCCGCUGGUCCAGAACCUGCAGGCCAACCGGACCGCCGGGCCGCUGGACCUGCUGGGGAACCUGACCUGCCUCAGCCCCCGGGCGCUGGCCGGCAGGACGCUGUGGUCGGUGAGGCCGGACGACGCGUGCCGGCCGGCCGCCCUCACGGCGCUCUUCAUCGCGCUGCCCCUCGUCAUCCUCUCCGCCCUGCUGCUCUGCUGGUGCUGCGGCAGGAAGAGGAAGAAGAAGGACGUGUCCGUGCUGGGCGCCUCCAAGAAGAGGCCGUCCGGCGCCAGCUGCAACGGCCAGAAGCAGCUCGUCCCGCAGCUGCCUCCGGCCGCCGAGCAGCGCCGAGCCGGGGACGCCGCCAGAGAGGGCAUCCUGAACAACCAGCUGUUCCUGCGCCCGUCGUCCGGCCUGCUGGGCAGCACCAGGGACAUCUACGAGGAGGUGGAGGUCAAGCUGGGCUCGGCGGAGUCCCUCCCCCGGGCCCCCUCGCGCUGCUCCGGCCCCCGGGAGCCGGACGGCGUCGGCAGGGCGGAGCUGGACGCCGUCAGCGUGACGGAGGUGAUGAAGGACUCGGCCGACAGGGAGAAGGCCUACCUGACCCAGUCCACCGAGUACUACAGCCUCGUGCCGGGGAUCGAACUGGAGGACUCCGACCACGGCGAGGACAGCGUGGACCGACCUCCCAGGGACCACAAUGCCAGAGGAAGUGAUUCAAUCCCCAGCUUUUCCUGUGGGACCUGAGGAACGCCGCCACGGUUUGAAAGGGAGGCCUGCUGUUUUGUUUAGUUUUGUUUUGAUUUGUUUUUUUUUUAUGUGAAAAAAUGCAUUUGUAAAGACACAGAGUCAGUUAUGUGACUUCAUUCUGUUUCCCAUCAUUAACCUCACCCUGCGGUGAUUGUCCUGCCGUAUAUAUUCCAGUCGGACUUGUUGCCUACGGCGUCACGUGACGUCUCCCAUUAAAUCUGUACGAACGGAGCUGCUCAACCUGAUAUGUGGGAGCUCCCCACUGACUCAUCUCGCCGCUAUGCUCUCAGUUAUUUCAAAGCGAAAUGUGGAAUGCAAAGCGCACUUUAGAAGUCUGACCUUUUUUUCCGGUGUCCUGAAGAUGCAACGCGUCACACACUGUGUGUGUUUGAAGAAAAACGCUUCAGGAGACGAGUGUAACGCUGGUUUGAGAUAAAUAUCUGUGUUCAGUGAGCUGGGGAAGAGAGACCUACAUACAGGACAACAGUGGCCUGCAGGACGCAGACGCUCCAUUGUUAUCUCCGAGGUGGAAAACACAGAUGUCUCACACACACACACACACACACACACACACACACUUCAACGCUUUGGGAACUAAUUGGGCCGUGCUGGAUAAAGGAGGGUGCAGUGAAGGGUGAGGUCCUUCCUGGAAUUGAAGUGAAGGGAGAUGUGAUUGUCCAGGAGGGUUUUUCUCAUAUUUUCCAUGAGAGCUUUACUCAUCAGGCAUGGUGUGAUUUACUGCUUCCUGAACCCAAAGCGCCUUCGGUCAAAAAAACCCAACACAAAUACCAGAUUUUCUGAUUUUGUGUGUGUGUUUUCUGAACUGAAUUGUAAUUUAAAUCUUAAUUUGUUUUGUUCUAAGUUAUUGUUUCCAUACCUGCUAAGCUUUUUAAUAUUAGUUUAAAACUGGCUCUGUUGACACACUGACACCCCGACACUGAACACUGCAACACUGAAAGUCUAGCUGAUUAUCAGACAUUUGGGGAACACUUUACUUGAAGCAUCCCUGUAAAACACAUUAUUAGUACAUUAUAGCACUGUAUAACUAUAGUUAGAAACACUCAUGAAUGACCACAAUGCUUAAAAACAUCAGGAUCUAACCCUAACCCUAACCCUAAUCCUAAUCCUAAUCCUAUGCUAUGCUGUAUAGUGAGUUAUAAAGCAUUGUGAUCAUUUAUGAGUGUUUAUAACUACUUAUAAAGUGUUAUACCGGGUGCUUCAAGUAAAGUGUUACCGACAUUUGCACAAAGAUUUUGCUGAAAUUGCUGUUUAUUAAAGUAACCUAAAUGCAUCUGACACAGAUUUCAAAUAGCUGCAAUAUGAUGUUUAUUAUUUAUGCCCAAACAAAAUACAGACACGAGUGUAUUCCUUUAGAAUUCCAUGUCGGUGCUGGUUUGACGCUACACACUUUAGGUAGUCCAGCUUGUGAAUAACUGAGACUUUGAAUUUAAUCUGUAAUCUAGCCAAGUUAGUUUGUUAAUCAUGUUCUUCUGUGGCUCCGUGUUAACACAGACAUGUUAAGAUGGAAAUACAGGCGACAGAAGGAACCACCCUCCAAACGCUGAUCAUUUCUGACACAAAAGUUCAAAAUGUCCAAUUUCCUGAUGUAUUUUUUUCCCUCUCAGAUCACUACAGGAGCAGUUUGCUUAUAUGAAGUUAAUCGAAAGCUGAUUAUAAACCCCACUGUUUAUCUAUUGUAGGCUUAAAUCCUAAAAUAUGUUCUUCUAGUAUGAAAAAACAAACAAAUUGAAGCAACAUUUCAGUUGUUGAAAGACUCUUCUUGAAAUCAGCUUAACAGUACACGAAGAAUAUUUUCAUUCUAUUAUUAGUUUUUCAUAGAAGAGAAUUAGAGCCGCCCGAAAAAAUAGAAAACUUAAACUGAGAAAAAAGUCAGACUUUUUUAAACUGUCGUAUUUUAUAAGUCUUUAUGAACUGUUUGCUGAAAGUUAUUUGCUGAUCUGUCUGAAGAAAAGCUGAUAUCUGUUUAUAGCACAUCAAGUUUAAACAGGAAGAUGCUCUACCUUUUCACAUGUAGAAGGGACAAAAUAAAGCAUAUUCACUGCUCUAAAAUGUAAAGUUUUUUUCUGAGAAGCGUUUUGCCCGCUCUGUGAGUCUUUGGGGAGCAGCUUGGCUCCUUUGUGUUCCGGUUUCCUCCGUGGCCCCCCGGCUCUCUCCCGGCUCUCUCUGCCCUGACAAUGACCCAGCCGGCCCGGCCGCCUGAAAUCCCACUUUUCCCCCUGAGCUCUGAUUUCAGCCACCGUGGGAAGAGG